GGGUACCACUAAUUGAGGAGUGAGCAGGAGAGCGCUCGCUUGCCACCGGCCCACCGCAGGUUUGGGACAGCGCCCUGAGCUGCUGAUAGACCCACUCUGUGACAUUCAGUUGGAUUCAGCCACCAGAUCCCAGAAAACAUGACCCUCGCUGCCUACAAAGAGAAGAUGAAGGAGCUCCCACUGGUGUCCCUCUUCUGUUCCUGCUUCCUGGCUGACCCCCUGAACAAGUCGUCCUACAAAUAUGAAGCAGACACGGUGGACCUGAACUGGUGUGUCAUUUCUGACAUGGAAGUCAUUGAGCUGAACAAAUGUACCUCGGGCCAGUCCUUUGAAGUCAUCCUGAAGCCGCCCUCCUUUGACGGGGUACCGGAGUUCAAUGCCUCCCUGCCCAGGCGGCGAGACCCAUCCCUGGAAGAGAUCCAGAAGAAACUAGAGGCCGCUGAGGAGCGAAGGAAGUACCAGGAAGCCGAGCUCCUGAAACACCUAGCAGAGAAACGAGAACAUGAGCGGGAGGUGAUCCAAAAAGCCAUUGAGGAAAACAACAACUUCAUCAAGAUGGCAAAGGAAAAACUGGCCCAGAAGAUGGAAUCCAAUAAGGAGAACCGGGAGGCCCACCUUGCCGCCAUGCUGGAACGGCUGCAAGAGAAGGAGCCGCCUGCUGCGCGGUGACUCCCGGGACCCGAUCGGUGGCCUCGUCCCAUGGACAAGCACGCGGAGGAGGUGCGGAAGAACAAGGAGCUGAAGGAAGAGGCGUCCCGGUGAGGGCCGGCCCGCAGCCCCGCCCGCCGCCCGCUGUCGCCCAGUACUGGGGUUUGGGGGGAGGGGGGUGGCCGGGGGCUUUUCCUCUGCUGUCGGUGUUUGUACCUGUGAAGAAGUGACCGGUGAAGCCAUCCUAUGUGUUUCUGGGGAACAGUGAUGGGGUGGGAGAGGGGAGAGAAGGAGAGAGUUUGCGAGAGGGCGAGGAAGGACUCACGACAUGGGACACUGCCCGCCGCAGGCUCGGGCCGCAUCCUCUGCUUGCACAUCUAUCUCCACGUGGACAUCGAGCGGCCGGGCACCGACGGAAGGCAAAGGCCAGGCCGUGGAAGUUCAGGGUGAAGGGCAGAGUCCAGGUGGGGCCUGGCUGCAGGGCUGGAGGUGUCGCGGGGCCCUGCAGCGGGGGGAUGAGGUCUGCGUGUGUGUUUUAACCAUUAUCUUUUGAUCAUCACGACGAAUGAAACAUUUA